UACAAAGGGGCGCCUGUCUCUUGCGCAGACCUUGAUACAGUAUCAGCACUGACAGGGCCUCUCGUAGUAGGCGGGGUCCCCGCGUGUCAUGGACAUAAGACUAUCGCGCUCUAACUCUAACCUCAUCCUGUCCGCAUCUCUUGGAGUUGAGAAAGCACUAUAAUCAUGGAUAGAAAACGCCCCAACUCUUCAUCUCCUCUCCAACCCCGCCUCAUCAUACAUGGCGGCGCAGGAAACAUUCAGCGUCACCAUAUCCCACCCAAAAUCUACGAGUCCUACCGCACAUCACUCCUCUCCAUUCUAGAGAAGACGCAGUGCUUCUUGGACAGCCCCCAUGCGAGUGCGCUCGACAUUGCGACUCGCGCAGUGGAGCUACUGGAGGAUGACCCCCUCUACAACGCAGGCCGGGGCGCCGUCUUUACGCGCGACGGCAUCAACGAGAUGGAAGCGAGCGUCAUGGUCACGCGAGGCCAUGCCAAGCGCACAGCCGGCGUCAUGGGUCUACGGCACGUGCGGAACCCAAUCGUGCUGGCCAAAGAGAUCCUCUUGAGAGGAGACAAUGACCUGCUGGGGUUGGAGGGGGAUGCCAUCGCCCAAGAGGGACUCGACGUGCCGAGCGCGCAGGGCCACACACUGCUGCAUGGUCCGACGGCCGAGGCUCUCGCGCGCCAGUAUGGACUGUCCCUCGUCAGCCCCGAGUACUUCUUCACGCAGAAACGAUGGGACGAGCACAUCCGCUCCCUGUCGCGGGCCAGGCUGGGCAAAGGCCGCGUCGCCACGUACUCUAGCGAGACAUAUCUGCCCCAGGGGACGUGCGGCGCCGUGGCUGCGGACGGCCAAGGCGUCAUCUGCGUGGCGACCAGCACCGGUGGCCUGACGAACAAGCUCACCGGCCGAAUAGGAGAUACACCGACCCCGGGCGCCGGAUACUGGGCAGAAGAGUGGGUUGACAGACUGGGAACGUCCUCGCCCGGCUCUUCUGUGUACAAGACGACCUUGGAAAUUACAGGCGCGCUAAAGGGCAUCCUGGCGGAUUGCCUGCCGACCCCUUUUCUGUACGCGCCACUAAACAGAGACACCAUCACCACAAGGAGCAUGGCCGUCUCUGGAACAGGGAAUGGCGACUCUUUCCUCCGGACGGGCGCUGCCCGCAGUGUCGCCGCCAUGGCACGCUACGCACCCUCUCGACACGCACAUCGCUCACCCGCGUUACUGGCCCAGGCGGCGAACUCCAGCGCAGCGCCGGCGACCGCUGGGACGGCGAGACGGGCGAGGGGCAAGGCGGGAUGAUUGGCAUCGAGAGCACCGUCACGCGCGACGCGGCAGGC